CUCGCUUUGCCGCGGUGACGUAAGUGGGCGAGCCCGUUUGGAAAUUUUGGCGCGAGCGCGGAGCGUUGGUCCCAACGUUCUGAGGAGGGGAGUGGGAGGGGUCGCCCCUGGCGCGAGGAGAGGAGAAGAGAAGGCGGCUGCAUCCGGGUAUGCCUGUAGCUCAUGACUGUGUAGAGGCCGAGUCCCAGCUGAGUCACACUCCUUUGCCAGUGCCUGCCUUCUUCCGGGAAGCAGAAUGUAGCUUUUCGGCCAAGCGGGCCCGCCAGCCCCUCAGCUAUACCGUCCCUCCACGGCCGCGCUACAAGAGUACGCUAACUGUGAGCCGAGUUUUCUCUGUUCGCCAGUUGCAGCCAUGGACCAGACUCCAACCACAUAGUGUUUCCUUCCAUGGAGAGAAAAGGCAAGAACAGCCCCUGCAUAGUCGCUUAUAUGACCCAACCAAAAGAGAGUUGUUUUUCAGACAGUGUUUCCAGCAGCUGAGCUGUCUAGGACGAGGCUCUUUUGGUGAAGUAUAUAAGGUACGUUAUAGGGAGGAUGGACAGCUGUAUGCUGUGAAACGUUCUGUGGAGCCCUUUCGAGGCGAGGGUGACAGGCAGAGAAAACUGGCCGAGGUGCGCAAGCAUGAACGCGUAGGGUACCACCCCAACUGUGUGAGCUUCGUACAGGCCUGGGAGGAGUGUGGGCAGCUCUACAUCCAGACAGAAUUGUGCCCGGGCAGUCUGCUGCAGUACUGUGAGAAGUAUGGGCCACUACCUGAAUGGCAGGUGAGGGUCUUCCUCUGGGACUUGCUGCAGGGACUGCGUCACCUACAUGACCACAAUCUUUUACACAUGGAUAUCAAGCCAGCUAACAUAUUUCUGUCAUCUAACAACGUUUGUAAACUGGGCGACUUUGGCCUGAUGCUGGAGCUGGACCGUGGAGAUCUCAGUGAUGCUCAAGAGGGGGAUCCCCGUUACAUGGCCCCUGAGUUGCUCCAUGGAGAAUACACCAAGGCUGCUGACAUCUUCAGUCUCGGCAUAACUAUUUUAGAGAUUGCCUGCAACAUGGAGCUUCCCAAUGGAGGUGAAGGAUGGCAGCAGCUGCGACAGGGUUAUCUGCCUCCUGAGUUCACUGCAGAUCUUUCUGCUGAGCUGCGGACACUUCUGGCUGCCAUGUUGGAACCCAAUCCUCAGCACCGGCCCUCAGUGGAAACACUGCUUGCUUCCAGCCUCAUACGGAGGAUGGCAAGGUGGAGGAAACUGAUGCUCCUGGCACAAUCUGGGAUCCAGCAAGGGGUUUCCAUGUUCAAAACCUUCCUUAGAUUUAUGCAGUGGGUCUGGGAGACUGUAUGCAGCCCAGCUCACUGGCUGCUAUUCUGGCACCGGAGUGUUCCAGUAACACCUCCACAUUCACCCCUGGUUCUACCCUUCCAAGACAGCAUCCUUUCUAAUGACUGGGGUGAGGAGGAAGAUGAAAAUAUUGAAGAAAGUCUUGGCAGAGAUGUCUUUGAGCUUUCAGGCACUGUUGGACAUCACAACCACACUUGUCCCAUGGAGCUACCGUUCUCAGACCAACAUCCUGGUUCCCCAAUCUGCCCAUGUGUAGGAAGCACAUCAACGCCACGGCAUCUUUCACCCCAGCAUACUAAUGACAGGUCUUUGGUCAUUCUCAAUAGCCCCAAUCUCAGCUACAUCAGCCGAAAGUCCCUAAGCAGCAGUUCUACUUCAUCUGAUUCGUUGCCUGUAGAUAGUCUGCGGCGCACACUGGCUUUUGAGGAUGAUAAGGAAGAUGAAUGGAAACCAACUGAUCCCCAGUGCUCAGAUCAGUCCUCCACCUUUGAACCAAAAAAUUUGCUGAGCAUGUUUGAAGAUUCCAUGACAUUUGAGCAGAAGUGAUGGCAACUUAAGUUUUUUUUGUUACCCAUUUGCUUAGGCCCCUGGGAUACAGAGGAGCCCUUCCAAUCCACGUUACAUAUGUGGCCAGUGUACUGAGGGGGUGAGCUGUGACAAAGCUAAAUCUAGCAAUGAGGAAACAGAGUUUAUAGGCAUGCUGCCCUGAGUCUCUUCUCUACUUGAUGUCUACAGUGGCACUGUUUUUGAGAUAGAUAUCAUUGCCAUCAGGGGCUCGAAGCAGCAUCUGCUGGAUGGCAAGGAAAACAGUACUGUACCACCAGAGGUUAUUUUAGGGGAACAAAGUCCCUGAUUUCUGUGGGGAUGUGGGUUUAAUAUAUACACAUUCUUUUAAGUUUUGUCCCUUCCUGCUUUAUAUUUCUGCCAUUUGUGGGAUUGGGGCCUGUUACCUUUCUCUUCCAUUCUGGGGUUUUACGAAGGGUGGCAGCUGUAGGGAUUUGACAAUAAAAGCACCUAUAAACAUCCA